UUGAGAUGGGGCUAACGUGAGUCUGAAGUAAAAGAGUCACCGUACCCCAACAUUACAAGGUAAAUCGGCGCGUUUUGGACAACGUUGAGGCGGAAUCGAAGUGAUCUGUGUUGAGGCAAGAGUGCAGGCUCUUUCGGGCUGUCGUUUCACAAUCUUUCACAUAGUGGAACCAUGAUGACCGCGGAACCUGCACCAGAAGAGACAGUGGAGGAGAAACAAGCCCCUCUGUGUGGAAGGCUCGUAUUUCGUGGUGUUGAACUGGCAUAUUUGAAUAUCGACGGAGAAUAUAUGCUACCAUUAGCCGAGCUAUUGGCACUUGUUUUGCCGACAACACCGCGAACUACGCUAUUUACUAGAAUGGAAAAAAUGAAAGUUCGCAGGCACUUCUGUGAGCCAGAAGAAAUCAAACUGCUAAAGACAGUGAAUGGAAUUCACGGUUCGUCAGCCAACUGUACACUGCUAUCAAAGACAGAAGUUGAGAAAUACUGUUCAAUGUAUAUCGAUAAACCAAGCGAAUUCAACCAAGCAAUCUCAAGAGAUGCGAACGCAGAGGAACCCGCUAGUGAAGUUACCAGUAUGGAAAGUGUUCUUAACGACAACGAGAAGACAGCAUCGACCCAGCUGAACAGCAAUACAACCGCUAACAAAUUAGCAGUACUUUGUAAACACAAAACCUCUGCGCCACUCAAACCCAAGCUAAGGUUGACGAAAGUCGCUACAGCGAAGAAACUGAAAUCGCGCUCUUCGACCGAUUGUGAAGUAAAUAAAACAUUAACGGACAAUGCCAGUCGCGUAGCCAUUGACGGAGAUCUAACUUCUGGGAACGUUAACAGGUACAAGGACGAGGAAGGGUGCCAUCUCGAUUCGCCGUCUUCUUCACACCAUGUGACGAAUUUUACUCAAACGAUGAGCUUGGUGAAUCUUGGCGCUAACAAGAAACGCGUAAAGAAGCGUGACAACAGUUCGGAACCGAACAAAAAGAUGGGGAAAGUGGCUCGAGGGAAGAAAAGGUCGUCAAACAAUUUGGAUAUCAAGGAACCGUUUGAGUCGCCAUUGAAAAUUCCCAAGAGGAGCGAAUUAAAUGGACAUGAAGAAAGCGACAAAGUGAAAGAAGUUAGUCAAUUUCCUACCAGCCGUUGUAACUCGAACAAGCAAGAUUUUGAUACGCUGAUUUCUGAUUCCUCGUCAAAUGACAGUGGUUUCGGCUCAACGGCGUUGUCGAAUGCAAGUACACCGACAAAGACAGAUUUUUCAGCUGGCGAGUUGAGCGGGUCGUUAAGAAAGGACGAAGACGCUAUUAAAGAACACGCACAUACUUCGCCAUGUACACUGAAGCUAAAAACACCAAAGAAAAACAAAACAAAGGAAAUAAGAAAUCUUGGAAAAAGCUUGACAUUAUCGCCUCCAGCUUUGUUGUUAAAACGCUUUGAAGAUUCGUGGCUUGUGGAACAAAAAAGUCCCGUCAAUGAGGUAACGAACUGUUUGCAUCAACGCAAAGUCAAACCCAGAAAGAAAGCGCGACCGGCUGUUUUAACUCCUCUGUUCGAAGGAGUGUGCGGUCCAGCUAAACCUCUUUUUCAUCAAAAACAAGUGAAGAAGGCGAAAAAAUGCAGGAAACCGCUAAGUUUGAAAGAGGAAAUUGAAAGUAAGCCACUCAUCACCAAAGAUUUAAUCUUAGGAGAAAGACAAGACCGUGCGGGAAUCAUAAAGAAGAAAAAGUUCAAGCGAAAGGCUAAAGGCAAACUCCUGAAACUCAAAGCGCGCAAGGAGCAGACUUCGCUUAACGGAAAAGUUGCCAGUCCUGACAAAAUUAAGCUAACUGACAUUUCAAAAGAAAAGAAACUAGGUGGCCUUCCUCAGAGAGGGUCCAGUCCAAAAACACAACUUGACAUUGAUAAACAAGCUAAAGAAGAACUGUUGAAGAAAGACACGGUUCUUGAGAGGCUUGUCGGAAAAGCUUUGACCAAAUUUUUUGCUCCGGCCACCUCAGACUGUACUCGAUCAACCGACGUCACACCAGCCAAAGUUAGCAAACCCAAGCCAAAGAAACCAAAGGCAAAUCCUGCUUUAAAGGCAAACUGCAAUUUUAAACUUUUAAAUUUAUUUCCAGCGACCUCGCUGUUGACUCUAGCAGAUGGAGGUUUGUGUCCGUCUUUCACCAUGGCUUGCCCGAAAGGCAUCAAACCACAUUCAUCGCAUCCCGUGUGGCAAUGGACUCUUGGAGGGCCAGUUGUUCGAAGCCCUCAGAAGUCAACGCUAAAACCCAAACCAGUCCAAAAGGAACUACUUUCCAAGGCGAAGUUUAUCUCUAACAAGGUGCGAAAAUUGAAAAGAAGGCGGAAGAAGCUGUCAACGAACAAAAAACCGCUCGCUCCUGUUUCUGAUCCUAAUGUUCCAAAAGUAACAGUCGCCGAAUCAAAGCUUGAAAGCGUUCCCAUCGCUACGGCUGAGUUUAAACUACCUCUUUGCGACGCAACUUCUAACAUUGUUUCGUCUUCAACUGAAACUGAAGUAAUUUAGCUUUAUUAGACACGCCACGCACAGUAUUUUCCAUGAAAUACCACUAAGUAUUGGCUUAUAUGCGUCGUCUUGUAAAUAUAAAUUUACUCUUCGCUGCAACUAAUAGCGUUUAAUGGCAAAGGCUUCAGAGCAAAACAGAUUAUAUAUCCUUUUGGCCUUGUGGUCUAAUUCAUUUCGCUAGCUCGUUUUUAUUAGUAAAACGUUUUCUCUAUCGUUUCAAUCAUCCAAAUUUCUCCUUUUUGAAGAUUCUAAACCUAAUCACGGUUAAGCAACGUUGCAUUAUAUUUUUUAUAUUUCAAAAACACAAUCUAUUUUUUCGUGAUUUUUGUCCUCGUGUGAACUAAUUUUCAUCGCAAGUUUCCUUCAUACCUUUUCAAGAUUGACAAAAGCUAGUUUGAGCAAAACAAAAUAACUAUUGAUGAAUUCUAUAGUUAGAAUUAUCAAAAGUAAAGGUUGCUUAGAAACUAAGACUUUGAUCAACUAUCAGCAAUGGUAAGACUGCUUCUGUAAAUUUUGUCGAAAAUUUUUCUCCUAAAUGUAAGAAAUUAUCCUUUCAACAUUAUUUUUUAAAAACAUGCAUUUUGUAUGAAACCAUUAUCUGGGAGACAUUCAUUGAAAACCUAUUGCUCAUUAGCACCCAUUUCUUUAUAUUGUAACAUCGACUACAAUUUGUUUUGUCUGUUUAUAUUCUUCAACCUUUUCAUAAAUUUUUGUACCUACAAAUUCCUUAUAUUGUUCCCCUGUGCAGUGAGAACAUUUGCAGAUUAUGUAAUGAAACAAGGCUGCUUUGGACAUUUCUAUUGCCAAGCUUAAAAUGAUGAUAUUAAUCUCCUUACUGAAAACUAAAGAUUUGCACUGGUGUCUGUUAUGAGAAUUUGGUUGUACAUAAAGAUAAUGGUAUGCUUGACAGUGUAUUUCAACUGUUGGUAGAAAUAAGAAAUCAGUCCCCUUUGGAAAUUAUAGGGUGAUAACAUUUCUUGUGAUGUCGGCUGUUGGGUAACAAAAUCAUUCUGAAAUUUUACUAAGCCUGACUCUUCACAGAAAGCAGUUGAAGUUUUCUUUAAAGAGAGAGCCUAAAUGAAACGUGAGGUAUUUCUUAGUAGUGUUAAAAAUUAUUUGGGAUGAUACAUUGCCGUGUACAUUGAGUGAAGAGCUAAUUGAACUUAUCUAGAACUUUAUUAAAUUGCAUUAAGUGUA